AUGGCCACCCCUAGUGUCCUGGCUUUUGACGCUGAGGGUCGCGCCAUUGACUUUGAGGUCUGGGUCGACGACCUGCAGCUGUACUUGCAGUGCGAUUUGGUAGAUGACAUUUCUCUCUUUGACUUUGCCUCUGGCGCUGUCCUUGCCCCUGCUGCAGAUGCUGACCCCACUGUUCGCUCCAAGUGGGCCACACGCGAUGCUGCUGCACGUCUUGCUGUGCGUCGCCACCUCCCUACCUCUGAGCGUGCACACUUUAGUCAGUACAAGAGUGCUCAGACCUUGUACGACGCUGUAGUUGCGCGCUACUCCUCCCCUUCCUCUGCUGCACUAAGCCGCCUCAUGCUACCGUACCUCUUCCCUGACCUUGCUGCCUUUCCCACAGUCGCUGACCUCUUUACCCACCUCCGCGCUAGUGACACUCGCUACCGAGCUGCGCUUCCUGCUGACUUCUGCGCCACAAACCCCCCUCCCAUGUACAUCACCCUCUACUUUCUAGUCACCCGUCUCCCUGAGUCCCUUCGUGUAGUUAGGGACCAGUUUCUCUCGGUCUGUCCCACCACCCUCACUGUCGACCUCCUCGAGAAGUCCCUGCUAGCGGCCGAGAAGAGCAUAGUCGCUGUAGGGGCCUCUCGUGGUGACCCUCGCACCCCCAUCUUUGAGGGGUGUUCUCCUUCCCUCCUGUUACCCUCUGUCGCCUCUGCUACUGCGGCCGACCUCGUUGGUCUAGAGUCGGUCGGUGCGGCGUCUGCCCCCAGCGGUAGGCGCCGCUCUGGCAAGGGCAAGGGGGGCAAGGGAGCGGGUGGAGCUAGCGGGGGCGGUGGCGGAGGAAGAGGGGGUGGCGGUGGAGGUGGUGGCGGGGGUGGAGGUACUAGUGGCGGCAGUGGAGGCGGAGGUGGCGGCGGAGGUGGCGGCGGAGGUGGCGGUGGGAGCGGCGGAGGCGGGGGUGGCGUUGGAGGCGGGGGCGGGGGUGGCGGUGGUGGAGGUGGUCGGAGUGGCUCGUCCCAGCGGAGCAGCACUGGGGGUGGUCAGCGCCAGCAGCAGCAGCAGCAGCAGCGCUCUCGCGACGUCCCCGCCCCUCUGCAGCUCUGUGAGUGGUACUCACAGCGUCAGCGUGGUGGGGCGUUUGGUCCCUGCACCUACGUCCUUCGCACCGGCGACCGCGCGGCUAUCUUUGAUCUUGACUUUGAUGCUAUCCUUGCUGCCAUGUAUGUUGUGACUGUUAAUGAUGAGGGUGACUGUUAUCGGUGUUUCCCGCCCGACCCGGGCAUUGGUACUACUGCUCUAGGUACUAGUGAGUCUGCGCUCUCAGGUACUGCGUCAGCUUCGGCCUCCCACACCUUCAACCUUGACUCUGGGGCGUCUCGCUCCUUCUUUCGGGACCGCACCACACUCACGCCGCUUAGUCGGCCGGUUGCAGUGUCUUUGGCUGACCCCUCAGGGGGUCCUGUCCUGUCUCGCUUCUCCACAGUCCUCCCGUGUCCGGCGGCCCCCUCUGGCACCCUGUCUGGUCUCUACCUCCCCUCGUUCUCUACGAACUUGGUGAGUGGUGCUGACCUCCAGGAUGCGGGUGUCCACCAGUUCACUCCUGCUCGUCAGCGGGUGACGCACUGCACAGAGGCUAGCACAGGUCGCCACCUAGCUACGUUUACACGUCAGCCAGGGUCGAGCCUGUACACACUGACCACUGCUUCUCCUCCAGGUGCUGCGUCUGGUAGGGUCCCUUCUUCUGGUCAGCACCACCGCCUUGGCCACCCCUCUCUGCCUCGUCUCAGAGGCAUGGCCUCCCGUCUUCUUGUGUCUGGUCUCCCCCGGUCCCUCCCUCCCCUUCCUCAAGGCCCUGGCCCUGCCUGUGUCCCCUGUGUCGAGGGGCGCCAGCGUGCUGCCCCUCACUCCUCCCAGUUUCCUCCGACAGAGGCCCCGUUGCAGACGCUUCACAUGGACGUGUGGGGCCCUGCCCGCGUCCGUGGACAGGGUCAGGAGCGCUACUUCCUGCUCGUUGUUGACGACUACUCGCGUUACACCACAGUCUUCCCCUUGCGCAGCAAGGGUGAUGUCACUGCGGUGCUGAUCGACUGGAUCCGCGCAGCUCGUCUCCAGCUCAGGCAGAGCUUUGGCUCGGACCUUCCUGUUUUGCGUCUGCACUCGGACAGAGGCGGAGAGUUCUCCUCUGGCCUUCUGCGUGCCUACUGUCGUGCGCGAGGCAUCCGUCAGACCUUCACGCUUCCGCACUCACCGCAGCAAAAUGGGAUUGCAGAGCGCCGCAUUGGCAUGGUCAUGGACGUCGCUCGUACGUCUAUGAUGCAUGCGGCAGCCCCCCAAAUUCUGUGGCCGUUUGCGGUCAGGUACGCGGCGCAUCAGAUCAACCUCCACCCCAGGGUCUCCACGCCGGAGACCUCCCCAGGCCUGCUGUGGACGGGGAAGGUUGGCGAUGCGUCGGCGUUCCGGGUCUGGGGAUCUUGGGCGUUUGUCCGCGACUUGUCUGCGGACAAGCUGUCCCCUCGCGGUGCUCCCUGCGUCUUCCUGGGGUUCCCCCCCGACGCCCCUGGGUGGCAAUUCUACCACCCCACCUUUCGCCGUCCCCCCCCGAUAGACCCCCUCCCCCCUCAGGGUCCUCCCCCUUCAGGUGUGUCCCAGGUAGACGCAGUCGCGCGUGUCGAGGUCACUGGUGACUCUGGUGCUGCUGGUGGUGCUGAGCCUAGGGGUGCGGAGCCUGGGGGUGCUGAGCCUGGGGGUACUGAGCCUGGGGGUUCUACGUCUAGGGGUGCUGAGCCUGGGGGUGCUGAGCCUGGGGGUGCUGAGCCUGGGGGUGCUGAGCCUGGGGGUGCUACGCCUGGAGGUGCCUUGCUUGGGGGUGCUCGGUCAGGGGGUGCUGAGCCUAGAGGCUCUCUGGGUGCUUCGUCUCGCCGGGAGCCACUCUCUCCACAGGAGCUGCGCGAGUGGUUUGCCCGGCGCUGGAGCCGUACUGCUGGUGCUGGGGGUUCGUCGGCUACUGAGGGUGCUGCUGUCGCGGGUCCCCGAGGUGCUCGUCCUGGGAGUACUGGAGCUGCUAGGCCUGCGGUUUCGACCGGAGCUGGUGUUGCUGAGGGUGUUGGCGCUGAGACUACCACUGGCGGUCCGGCUGGCGGUGCUUCUGGUGCUGCUGGAGGUUCUAAGGCUGCUGGAGGUGCUGCUGGGCGUUUUGGAGCUGCUGGAGGUGCUGCUGGAGGUGCUAUUGGCGCGGGUACUCCUGCUGGGGGUACUGGUACUGUCCCUGCUGUUUCUGCCGUCGCCACGCGGCCCCGACCGUACUUUGUUCCGCUCCUGCAGCAGGUUCUUGGUCUUACACCUUCUACUGGUCCUCCUCCUCCUCCCUUCAAGGGUCCACAGCCUGUCCUGUCACAGUCACAGCUGCAGACUGCCUCCCCUUUGCCUGCUCCUUCUCCCUUCACUGGUCAUACUGGAUGUCUUACUGAGCGUCGUGAGCCUGCGUCUCGUCCUGCGUCGCCUGUUCGUGCUGCGCGCGCUAGUGGUCGCGGUUCGUGUCACCGUCCUCCUCCUGUCCCUGGCACGCACCGGAUGUCUCUGCGUCCGUCUACUGCUCCUCUGCGUGCCCCUUUGCCUUCUCCUCUUGCGUCAUCUCUUCCUGCUCUUGCCGACCCGGAGUCGGACUCUCUUCGUGCUGCUAGUCCUACUGUCACGCGUCUCCUUGCUACUGCCGUCACUGACCCUUCCUUCGAGUCUACUACUGCGUCUGCCCUUGUUACUGAGCUCGUCGACUUUGCUGCUCGCUGUCGUCUAGACUACGCUGCUAGUCUUGUCGCUGAGUCUGAGUCUGCCUGUCCUCCGUCCGUCGGGGGUGAGUGUGCCCUUGGCACGGACGUCCUUGAGGACAGGCAGGAGGAGUUCCAGUGCCUGGCAGCCGCUUCACCUAAUCUCGUGUCCGUACUGCUCACCCCUGAGGGAGACCCGGAUGCACUUGACAUCCCGACUCCGCGCUCUUACGCGGAGGCGAUAGAGGGUCCCUACUCCUCUCAGUGGCAGGCAGCUAUGGAUGCUGAGAUGGCUUCCUGGAAGUCCACAGGCACCUACGUUGACGCUGUCCCCCCUCCUGGGGCGAACAUCGUCAGUGGCAUGUGGAUCUUCAGGGUGAAGCGGCCGCCAGGUUCUCCGCUUGUCUUCAAGGCGAGUUACGUGGCUCGUGGCUUCAGUCAGCGGCAGGGAGUUGACUACUUUCAGACCUUCUCCCCCACCCCGAAGAUGACCACUCUUCGGGUACUGUUGCACGUUGCUGCCCACCGUGACUACGAGCUGCACUCUCUCGACUUCAGCACAGCUUUCUUGCAGGGCAGCCUGCACAAGGAGAUCUGGCUGCGCUGCCCAUCUGGCUUCACUGGGUCUUUCCCUCCUGGUACCCAGUGGAGUCCCCGGCGUCCAGUCUACGGUCUCCGCCAGGCGCCGCGUGAGUGGCACGACACACUGAGGACUACGCUGGCGGCACUUAGGUUUGCUCCUUCUACUGCCGACCCGUCGCUGUUUCUGCGCACCGACACUUCUCUGCCGCCGUUCUACAUCCUCGUGUACGUCGACGACUUGGUCUUUGCCACUGCUGACACUGCUGGACUCGCCUACGUGAAGUCCGAGCUGCAGAAGAGACACACGUGCACUGACUUGGGUGAGUUGCGCAGCUACCUUGGCUUGCAGAUCACCCGGGACAGAGCACGCCGCACCAUCUCCCUGACUCAGUCACACAUGGUGCAGCAGGUCCUUCAGCGCUUCGGCUUCACGUACUCCUCGCCUCAGGCCACUCCUCUGCCUACUCGCCACUCGCUCUCAGCUCUGCCUUCGGAUGAGUCCGUAGAGUCGAGUGGCCCGUAUCCAGAGCUUGUCGGCUGCCUCAUGUACCUGAUGCCCUGCACACGACCUGACCUUGCAUACCCUCUUAGCAUUCUUGCACGCUAUGUUGCUUCUGGGAGACACCGACCAGAGCACAUGGCUGCAGCAAAGAGGGUGUUGCGCUACUUGUGCAGUACGUCGGGCAUGGGGCUAGUGCUUGGAGGGCGCAGUCCAGUGGUCCUUACUGGGCACGCGGACGCUUCUUGGGCUGACGACCAGGCUACGCAGCGGUCGUCACAGGGUUACACUUUCAGUCUUGGUUCCGGCUCUGUUUCGUGGCGGGCUACCCGCUCGUCUUAUGUUCUUGGCUCCAGUUGUGAGGCUGAGAUCUACGCCGGGGCUAUGGCUGCACAGGAGCUUCGCUGGCUCACCUACCUGCUGACCGACCUUGGAGAGCCGCCUCGUUCUCCUCCAGUCUUGUACGUAGACAACAAGGCCACGCUGGCCUUGUGUCGAGAGCAGCGAAUGGAGCACAGGACAAAGCACAUUGCUCUCCGCUACUUUCUUGCGCGUGAGCUGCAGUAG